AUGAAGGUGCACUCGCCCAACCGGCAGAAGAACAUGUGCCGGCUAUGCAAUGCCCGAUUUACCAGCUGCAACCUUCUUGGAUCUCACCUGCGGACUCACGAAAUUCACCAAAUUCACCUGUGCCGUUGCUGUGGCGAGGGCUUCCCCACAGCAGAAGAACUUGACCAGCACAAGAAACUUCAUGACGUCAAGGGAACGAUACGAGCGAGUCGAGGCCGGCGUAAUGCAGCCCACCACGUGGUUUCUGAUUUAGACAUUCUUUCUGCUGAUGGAAGUGGCGAUCUAUCCCUAAGAGGGGACGCCCUGAUUGAAAAGCCCAACCUCCAAGGUAGCAAGUGGAUUGGUUGUGCUAGGUUUUGUCUCUCGCAGAUCCCCGUAGAAAAUAGCAAUGGAAAUGGGGACACCACCAGUGGAACCGGUGCAACAACUGACGGCGCCGAUAACCCCGGCAACGCACUCAGUGACAAUUCCAAACAACCAUCUUCAGAUCACGAGAUAGAACCAGUGACGAUUCACGAAGACUCUGGAUCUCCUGACAUCGAGAUUCUGCCCGAAGAUAUGUCCAAGAAUCGACAACCAGAGACAGACGAAACAGAAGAGAGAAAUGACCCUAAUGUUCGUCCCAAAUAUAUAUCCUGA